CACAGCGAAGAAGAAGUUGAUGACGCGCUGCCUCCGCCACUAUGAACGCAGCCGGGGCAGUUUCUGCCUUUGAAUUUAAACAACAACAAUAAGCAUAGUUUUAUUUUCUCGACAGGUGCUUGGAUCCGCUAACUGGACUUCAGUAGAUGCGACACCGAAUCCAUAUCCUGGUCCUGCAGAAUGUCCAAGAUCAGGCGGAAGGUAACAGUGGAGAAUUCAAAAACCAUAUCUGACAGCAGCAGCAGCAGCACCACGACCAGCAGCACCAGCAACCCCGCCGCCCCCUCCCGCAGGCCCAGUGUGUUUGAAAGACUUGGUCCCAGCACUGGGAGUAAUGCUGCAGAUAGUCACUGUAGAAAUUGGUUGAAGACUGGUAAUUGCAGUUACGGCAACACUUGUCGCUACACACAUGGAAGUCAGCCGCGAGGCAAAGGAUUUAGCUUCAGUCGGUCAACCGAGAGACCCACAGGUGAUCUGCGGGAGAGGAUGAAGAAUAAAAGACAAGAUGUUGACUCAGAAAACGUGAAGAGAGACUUAGACGAGCCCACAUCCCCCACAACAAGACAGAGAGACUCCUCCAGAGGCCGACACAGGGAGAAGGAGGACAUAAAGAUCACAAAAGAGCGAACUCCAGCCAGUGAAGAAGAGCCCACAGAGUGGGAAGCCAACCGCGAAGACUCCGAUAUCGGUGACUACGACUACGAAUUAUCCCUGGAAAUGAAGCGUCAGAAGAUUCAGCGUGAGCUGCUGAAACUCGAGCAGGAGAACCUGGACAAGAGGGAGGAGAUUGUCAUCAAGAAAGACGAGACCCCGAGUAAAACGAGAACCACCGCCUUGCCAAAAGCCUCCCCAGAGCAGUUGAGCUCCAAAGAUUCCCCCUCGCCAAGGAAGUCGGGCGGCUCCCCGAAACACAAAAGUGGCACCAAAGGGCCCGGCUCUGGCAAGAAAGAGAAGAAGGCGCUCAUAUCCUCACCUGUGUCUGAAACGACCAGGUCUUCAAAGGGCAGCCAUGGUAAAAAGAAAGGGCCGCGGACUCCCAGUCCUCCUCCACCGGUCCCUCUGGACCUCCCUGUGAUGGGGAAGAAACACAAAGGCAAACACAAAAACAAGGAGAAGUCUGAGGAGAAGCAGAAGGAAGCAAAGGAUCGUGGACGAGAUGCAGAGAAACACAAAGAGAAGAAGGAGAAACGCCGGGACAGAUCAGACAGUUCCCACAAAGCCAAGCGGUCGUCGGUGACAUCAGAAGAGCGUUCUGGUAGCGUGUCAUCUCCAUCCAGAGGCGCUUCACCCUCAGCAAGGAAGAAAUCCACCUCUCCAAAAUCUUCCUCUCAUAAAACCUCUGUGCUGGUUUCUCCUCCUCGCAGGUCUCCGUCUCCUCUGCGUCACCAGCACACGCCGACUCCUCCCCGCCACCACUCCCCGUCCUCCCACUCCGGCUCGUCCGCCCAGCGACACUCUCCCUCCCCGCGGCGGCGUCGCUCUUCCUCCCCACCCUACCAUCGCAGCUCUAUGGCAGCCACGGCCUCUGCCUCAUCGCCUCAGAGCUCCCGCCGCUCCAGGUCACCUCUGACCCUGCACGACACCUCAUCGCCUCACCGUCGAUCUGACCGGUCCAGCCCGGGCCGGCACCACUCCAGGGGACGCGAGAGGAGUCGAGGGGACAGAGAGAGGAGUCCGCCCGCUCAGGAGCGCAAACAUGAGCGCAGAGAUGACAGCAGAAGCAAGCGAGAGAAAGACGCUGUCCGUGACGACCGGGACUAUGACUCUGAGCAGAUGUCCUCACGAGACACCCGCGACGACAGAGACGCCAAAGAGGCUCGCGAGCGACGAGACGUUCGCGAGCGUGGACGGGAGACGACCCGAGAGUCCCGCGACCACAGAGACAGCAGAGACGCGAAGGACUCCAGGGAGAGCAGGACGGAGACACGGUCCAGUCGAGAGUCCCUGGAGCGUCGCGACCGAGAGCGCGACCGGGAGCGGGAGCGAGAGAAGGAGAGGGACAAGGACCGAGAGCGAGAGAAGGAGCGUGAGAGGGAGAGGACAGACACCUACAGGAAGGAGGAGACCACUCAGGACGACAGGAGUUAUGGGAGAGGUCAUGGACGCGAUGACGGAGGGAGAGCUGAAGGACGCACGGAGAACAGGACGGACAGAGCCGAGAGGAACGGACGAGGCAGAGGACGUGCGAAUGAGACGUCUGACAAAGGCUCGACCAGAAACUCGCGAGGUUCGCAGCUGGAGAGUGCUCACGACAGCUGGGAGGCGCGGAGCAGUGCGGUGCGCGAGCGCAGCGCCGAGAGGAGCAGCGCCAACGAAAGGAGCUCCGACAGAGGCUCGGACCGAGACCGCUAUGACAGCGACCGGAGAGAGCAGGUCCGAGACUCAUCCUACGACAGGAGAGGAGGACAUGGAGAGCGGGAUCGCAGAGACAACCGAGACAGAGAUCAGAGAGCGGCUUCACCCAGCAGACACCAGGGGAGGUCAGAGGAGUCUGAGAGGGAGGAGAGGAGGGACGAGCGCAGGACAGACCGAGGGGAGGACAGACGAGACGAGCGAACCCGUGACCGGGAGCGAGAGAGGGAGCGGGAGAGGGAAAGAGAGCGGGAGAGGGAGAAGGAGAAAGAGAAGGAGAGGGAGCGAGAGAGGGAGCGGGAAAAGGAGCGAGAAGGAGAAGGAGAAGGAGAGGGAGAGGGCCAGGGAGAGAGAGCGGCAGAGAGGGAGAGAGACAGGGAGCGGGAGAGGGAGGAGCGGGAACGAGAGAGGGAGCGCAAGGAGCGAGAGAGGGAGAGAGAGAGGGAGCAGCGGGAGCGAGAGAGGCAGCGGGAGUGGGAAGAGAGGGAGCAGCGGGAGAGAGGGCGGGAGGAACGCCGGGAGAGGAGGGACGACACCAGAGACGACCGGUCAGUCCGAGACACACGGGACGAUCGCAAGACAAGUCGUAAAAGGCCCCGGCAGGAGAGCAGCCCGAGUCCCCGCGCCUCGCCCAAGCGAGCAACGCGGGACCUCAGUCCGGCGGACAGCGACGGGUACAACAGUGGAGACGACAAAAGUGGUGACAAGCAUCGUCUGCUGAGUCAGGUGGUUCGACCCCAGGAGCCCCUGCUGCGUUCUCCUCCACGCGCUGCUCCGUCUGAAGAGAAGCUUGGUCACUGGAAGGACGAGGAGCGCAGAGGAGGCGGGGACAAAUGGGAGUCACGCAGCCGCCACGAGGAGCCUGAGCCCCGCGCGGAACGUAACCGAGGAGGCGAUAGACGGGGAGAACAUCCCUCUGACGCGCUGUCUGACUCCCGUAGCCGAGGUAGAGAGCAGAGGGAAUCAACGCCGCCGCCGCCGCCUCCUCCUCCAGCCCUCACCAGUGGCAGUGAAGACAGAGAUGCCAGUGCUCAGUUCCACGAGGAAGGAAAGAAGAAGACAAAGUCGCAACGGAAGGGGCUGAAGAAAGGUCGCAAAGAAGAGGAGGCUGGCACUGGCAACACCGCUGCUGCAGGAGAACGUUUCAACCCCGAGCCUGCAGCUGUUGCUUCUGCAGAGGCUCCUCCACCGCUGCACUCGCCCAGGAAGGUAGGCAAGAAGAAGGUGCUGGAACGAAAGAGGAAAUGGUCGCGAGGACCAGAAUCUGACGUAUCUGAGGAGGAAACGGCAGCUCAUCAGCCCCACAGUAAGAGAAAGAGAGGCCCCCGCACGCCACCGCCCUCCCUGAGGCCCGAUCACCGCGGCACUGCAGGCAAUGCUGAGCCGUCUCCGCAGUCCAAAGUGGACAACUUCAGUGACUGGUCAGACGAGGAGGUCACAGGCCGAGGAGGAGGAGGAGCAGCAGCAGCAGCAGCUGCUCUGGAAACGCAACCUCCUCCGGCUCCUGCUGAGCCUCUCAGGAGAAGUGGAGGUCUGAGGCUGUGUCGGGACAGAGAGCGGUGCAAUCCCCCGGCCAUUGCUCCCCUGCUGCCCCAGGAUCCUCCACUGCUGCUGCAGACUCUCACUCCCCAGCCGCUCAUGUCGCAGCCGCUGCUGCGCAAACCUCCUCCAGAUCAGACGCGCAGCAGCAGCAUGGGCAGCAACCAAAGCCGCACGUCGUCCCGGCGCCUGCGCUCGCCCUCCAACGAGUCGGCCCACAGAGAAGACCCGCAGGGGCCGCGGUCCCGCCGGGGACGACUGCAGGGCAACAACUCCCGCGACAGAGAGCGAGAACGAGAGAGGGAGCGGGAGAGGGAGAGGCCGGCGGUGAGCGAACCUCCCGUGGCCGAGAGGAAGUCUCGAAUUGACCAGCUGAGGAGAGGAGAGCCCAGCCGCAGCACGUCAUCAGACCGCCAAGAUUCCCGCAGCCACAGCUCCAGACGCAGCUCUCCAGACUCGGAGCGACAGACCCGGUCCAGGUCACGCGCCGGCUCCUACGACAGCCGGGAGCGGGAGCCGUUUGAGCGAGAACGAGACAGAAAGGACCUUAGACCUCAACAACAACAACAACAACAACAGCAGCAGCAGCAAGACUGGGAGCCUGAGAGCAGAGAGUGGACCGGCAGAGGACGGGAGCCGCUGCUCUUGCGUCCUGGACGCGAACCUCUGCUGAGGGAGCGAGACAUCCGAGACAGGGAGCGCUUACUCCCCGACGCUCUGCUACAGCAGCACGAGCGUGAGCGAGAGAGAGACGGCAGAGGCGACCGAGGCGGCGAUCGAGACCGGGAGAGGAUGAUGAUGAUGAUGGAGCUGCCGCCGCACGGGGACCUCAGAGGUCUGGGACGGGGAGACAUGAUGAGGCUGGACAGGGGCGACUAUGAGCCUCUGCUGCCCAGAGCAGCCUUUGGUCCACCAGAGACGGACAAGGCCAGCAACAGCCACCAUCUCAUCGCUGAGCAACGGGAACGGGAGCUGGACAAGGCGGACAGCAUCGACGGAGACGACGACGGCAAAGACGACGAUGGCCAGUCGGUAACGUCUGUCGGAGAAGAGUAUGAGCCGAUCAGUGACGACGAGCUGGACGUCAUUCUGGCUGAUAGUCAGAAGAAAGAGGAUCAGCAGGAGGACGAAAAAACCUCAGGUCCUCUGGAUGUGAUUGACGUGGACUGGUCCAGCUUGAUGCCCAAACAGAAGCAGGAGCCCCGGGCGGCAGGCGCGGCGCUGCUGCGCUUCACCCCUGGAGCCGUGCUCCUCAGAGCGGGCGUCUCAAAGAGACUCGCCGGGCCGAAGCUCCUGGAGCAAGUCAAAGAAGUGUGCAAGUCGGAGCUGGACGACCCUAAAGAUGCCGAUAAGCUGUUCGAGCACGACCUCGGGGCGCUGAACAUGGCGGCGCUGAACAGGCGCGUGGAGAGGGCGAGUCUACUGAGCAACCUCGGGCCCUGCUGCAAGGCCCUGUGCGCUCGCAGGGACUUCGCUAUCCGACGUCAGCUGUUGAAAAACGAUAAGGGCCUAACGAAGCAGUACCCCACUACACCAGUAGUGGACACGGAGCUGCUGCAGAUGAGCAUGCGUCUCUUCAGAAGAACUAUGGCAGGACAGACUGCGGCUCCGGAAAGGUCCGACAGCGUUUCAGCAGCAGCAGCAGCAGCAGCAGCUGCCGAUGUGUGUGCAGGUGGCAGCAGUAAACUGAGCUCAGCUCUGCCUGAGGUGUGUGUGUCCUGAAAGAAAACAGGCUUUAGUGAGUGAAAGACACAAUAGAGUGAAUGCACUUCACUUCUGCUAGACUCCGCCUCGCUCUCAUUCCAUGACAUAGGCACGCAGCCUUUUUUUUUUUUUUAGACACGAGGGAAAUUAAAGAGAAAGUGGAAAUGAUCAGUUUUGCUUUACGUGUGUUGGUCGAUCUGUAAGUUCUGUGCCAGAGACUAUUGGACAUUUUAGCCUAAUGAACCACGUACGUAUGAGAAAUGCAAAACAAAUGAAAUCUGUUUUUUUUUUCUUGUGUGCGUGUGUGCGUAUUACAGUAUUUUAGAGCAGCUUUUUUAAUGGUCCGUUACACCUGCCUAACCAAGAAUGUCUUGUGUUUUCCACAUACUGUGCAUUAAAAAGGUUAGACGUU